GAUAUGAGACUUUGAGGAUUUCAUCUAAUCUCACAUAUUGUACCUCAGCUGGGAACAAAGAACUGAAAGUGUCGUGGCUGGUGUUAAUUCUGAGAAAUCAGAGUGGUACACCCCGUUCUUUUUCAAGUCCAAACUCGAAUAUAUCAACUACAACUAUCAUGUGCAGACCGGUUGGUACUGUUUGUCCUUCUCUGGACUCAGCUCCGAUGGAGCAAAAUGAUGGCCAUACCCGUGGUCGCGGUCGCGGGCGCGGGCGAGGAAGAGGACGAGGACGAGGACGAGGACGAGGUCCGCGUGGGAGCCGCGGUCGAGGAGGCAGCAAUGGUGGUCAGGAAAUAGGAAAUUUAACUCAGGGUCAAAGUUCUAUCAACCCGCAAAACAUCCAGAAUAGGGACAACCAAAACCACACUGGACAUCCGAGAGGUACGGAUAGAGGAAGAGGCUCGAACAGGGGCAGGGGCAGGGGCCAUGGGCGCAGAGGAUCUAGAGGAAAUCAACAGCAAGUCUCUUCAGUGGGUCCGUAUAGAUCUCUGGUCGUCGAAAAGAGACCGGAAUCUCAGUCGAAUGCGAGCGUUUCUGGUCGACGUGGAAAAGAUACCCCUGAAAGAGGGAACUGGAUGCCACGACGCAAUCGUGCAUCGAGAGGGAAUUCUACGAACAAUGAUCGCGCAAGGAGAUCUUCUCGAGAGAAAGGGAAAGCCCCCGUUAGACAGCCCGUGGUUGAGAAUGGGGGACAAGGAAAGAUGCAACACCACGGCACUGCUGUCCCUGCGAAGGAGACUAUUACUCCAGUCGCCCUGGACAAGAUAGCAGAGCCAUCUGGAAUAGUGCCAGAUACUCAAUUCGACGAAAUAGAGCAGGAAAGCACGUGGGAGAUGUCUUCUGUCCAGGUUGAGAUCGACAUUCAGGAACCAAUUGCUCCUGUCACUCAGCAAACCAUCAAGGCAGUCAAUCAGCCAAUCCAGCAGAAGACUCUCUUAUUCAGACUGCCCGGGGAACUACGUACAAAGAUCUACGAGUACAUAUUUGGCACCUAUAGAGUCUGCAUAUAUCGCUUCCGGGCGCCAAAUACAGGAAGCUCGAAGCGCCAAUACCGUCUGCGUCACACCUGUCUUCCCCCUUACCAUCCGACCAUCCAUGACUUGAUCCCAAGGACCAAAUCCACUCCGGCGAUCCCGAGUGCCUUGGUGUACACAUGCAGGGAAAUUUAUCGUGAGACAGUCCUGUUCUUGUACUCGAACACGCAGUUUGUGUUCCGCUCCACCAAAGUCAUCAACACCUUUUUGAGAAACACGCCCAUUGUCGCACAGAACGCUAUUCGGCACCUAGAGCUCAAUUAUAUCGGAUACAACGAGCCACGACUCACCGAGUUCCGCAAGUUCAAAAUCCGCAGUGAUCUGGCCUGGUAUCUAGCGUGUAGCACCAUGGCACAGAACUUUACUUCCUUGCGCGUGCUACACCUGCACAUAACUAUUUGGGACUGGCCGAUGAAACUGGACCUGAAAGAAAGAUGGGCCAUCCCGUUGCUUGAAUUUGCUAGAAAGGGUGGCCUCGACCAUGUAGAUGCGAACCUGCGCAUGCACAUGUUCAACACUGAUCAGUUGCAGGAGGCUGCGCGCAAGCUGGAGAAAGCGCUUAUGAAUCCAAGGACGUAUCAGAUCAAAGAUGACAGGCGCUUAGCUAUGAGACUGCAAGGCCCAAUAAGAGCUGGAAAGGUGCUGAACAUUGUUUUCUAGUUGGUCGGCUGCUUCGACGCAUGUUCUGGAGCAUUGGACAUCCCCUCGUCCUUUGAUCACUCUAUGCCUUGACAGCUGGAUUCUGGAAGAAUCCAGAGACAUUGUUGAGAUGAAUUUACGGCUCACUAUUCCCAGACUUGUUCUCUUUUACGAUAUCUCUUUUAUGGUGCUUGUUCUAUCUUCCAGGGUCAGUGGACACGUACAUGAAAUGUCUCCACGAUAAUCCCAGCAGCAGUUCGCAUUGGGGUUAUCCCAAUUCCCAUUAUGAGAUUUCCCCUGUUUUCGGCUUCCAGUAAUCAUUCCAACCUAGCUAGUUAGUUAGCACUCGAGUAUCAGCUUAUCAAUAUUUUCCCCU